AUGAAAGGUUUGAAGACCAUCACAUUAGCUUAUGUUCUCACACUUCUACUACUGGCAACGUUUGUCACGCAGUCGUGGAGCGCACCGAAGGGCUCUUUCCAAAGGAGAAACUGGACUCCGCAGGCUAUGCUGUACCUCAAAGGCACCCAGGGACGCAGGUUCAUCUCAGAGGACCGAAAAGAAGGAGACGUGUAUGACACAUUACACUUAGAGACCCGUAGUCAGAACACAGAGAAGCUGAGCGUAGACCAGGCAGCCGCCGUCCUGCUCAACUUCCUGCAGCAGGCCAGAGAGGGAGCUGAUGAAAAUCCAGACGAGAUGUAUUUCCAGGAGCUGCCGGUGUGGAAGAGAGAAUACUUCUGA